UCUCCGUCUCCGUCGCCUGGGACCGGCGCCCCGGGGAUGCCGCGGGCGGCGCCACCGACCUCCCGGCGGGCCUCGCCACCGGAUCGCGCGGCAGGCACAAGGUGGGGGAGCCGCGACCUCGAACAGGAGGCCGCCGCCUGGGGCGCAUUGAUUCGAGCUAGGGUUUCAGUCAAUCGGUCGGGACCAUGGAGUCGCCGCCGCCCAAGCGCAACGCCGGCCACGUCGGCGAGGACGGAAUCAGCGCCCUCCCCGACCACCUCCUCCUCGACAUCCUCGAGCGCCUCCACCUGCGCGAGGCGAUCCGCGCCGGCGCGCUCUCCACGCGGUGGCGGCACCUCCCCAGCCACCUCUCGCUCGUGCACCUCGACGCCGGUCACUUCCGCGGCGCCACAUCGCUCCAGGUCAUGGACGCGUUCACGGGCGCGGCACGGGCCUUGCUCACUCGGGUGCCUCCCGCCGAGGGAGUGUGCGAGAGUGGUGCCCUCAAGGUGCUCGUCCUCAGCUUCUACACGUCUUCCCCUCACCUGACCUCAUUAGCACUUGCAGUAGGCUCAGGCACCUCAGCUUGA